UAUAUGCUACGUCUCCGAUUAUAGUUACCACUCAUUUUACGUAAAGAUGCAGCAUCAUAUAUAUAAACCCCUUCGGGUGCCUCAUACGAAAAUAACGAUAGCUCCUGUGACUCCAUGUUGGUGAGUGUGAGACGUCGUCCCAUCAUGUGUAUUGUAGCAGGAAACUAGAGCGAUAUUACCUGAACAAUGGGCAGACGGACGUCGUGAUUAACAUUAUGUACCUGUGAUGGCCUAUAAGACUACUUGAACAUGUCACCAAACAACUAUAUCUAUCAUGAAGAGGCGGGGCUGCUUCCUAGUGCCAAGGGACUCUGCUGUCGACGCAUCUCAAAGGCAAAGCUACUGGGACUGUUGUUAUGUUUGGGGAUAGCCCUGUUCUUGUUGACUUUUAGUAGUCCUCAUUACGAUGUGAACCAGAAGGACAAUUCUGGUACUAGACGACACAUACUGCCAAAGGUCACAGACUACAUAGAUCCAGCAAACAAGGUCAGGCCUGGCAGUAAUAAUCGACUUCCGAAUGACAUACGUAACGACAUUCCGAUUCACAAAAAGACUAAUUUGCGUCAAAGACUGCCACAGUGUCUUAUAAUAGGCGUGAAAAAGGCAGGCACAGGUGCAAUGGUGCAGUACUUAAAAAUGCAUCCAGAUGUUGUGAUAGCAGAUGGAGAACUUAAUUUCUUUGACUAUGAAAGAAAUUACCAGCAAGGAUUUGAAUAUUAUAAAAAGUUGAUGCCCCCUUCUUAUGAAGGACAGAUAACCAUGGAAAAAACAUCAAACUAUUUUCACAACAAAGACACUGAAUGGCGUGUAUACAAUAUGAACAGCUCUAUGAAAAUGAUUUUACUUGUCCGAGAACCUAUUGCUCGGACAGUCUCAGACUACCUCCAGAGAAAGCUGAAGGAUAAGGUCACAAAAGAGUUGACACCACCGUUCGAAGAAUUAAUUAUUCGACAAAAGAAUGGAAGGAUAAAUGAAGGCUAUCCGGGAAUUCGUCCUUCAUUCUAUUACAAACACAUGUUGCGAUGGCUAAAGUACUUCCCUCUUUCACAAAUCCAUAUAGUUGAUGGUGACAACUUAGUGCAAAAUCCCUUUGAGGAAGUUCAUGCUGUGGAAAAAUUUCUUGGAUUACCUCACUUUAUAACUCAAGAUAGAUUUGUGUUCAGUGAUCAGAAAGGAUUUUAUUGCAUGUCCAUUGAUGGUUAUAAUGGAACAAGACAGGAGCAGUGUUUAUCACGGGGCAAGGGUCGCAAACACCCCGAUAUAGACGAGGGAGUCAUGGAAAUGUUAACAGAUCUAUUUAGACCACUAAAUCAACAGUUUUACAAGUUGAUAGGCAGAAAAUUUGACUGGUAGUCAUUUAAUACUUUAGUGUCUAGACCUACAAAAUUAUGAAUUAAUUUCAGUUCUUUUUAAUGCUCUUUUACAUGGCUAAUUUUAAGUCAACCUUUGUAAAUUGUGGAAUAUUUUAAAUAGAUAUCGUUGAUCGUUAGUUUUCUCUCAGUGUUUGCUCAGUGG